AUGAAUCAUACAUAUUCUUAUUUAUUUCUAAGUGGAUCAAUGCGCAAUAAUAGAAAUAAAGAAUUAAUAAAUAAUAAUAAUAAUUUACCAUGGAUAAUAAUACAAGAGAUCAUACAAACUCUUUGGUAUAACGAUAUUCAAUUGAAAUAUUGUUUGGAGAAACAAUAUCGAUGGUUAUUAUCAUUGGAUUUAGUUUCAAAGAGAAUGUUUACCCUGAUUACAAAGCUAUUCAAUAGAUUAUCGAUUAUCAAGAACAAUCAGUUUUCAUUUGCUCACGUCAGCCAAUCAAUAAACAGUGCAUACUCACCACUUAAAUCAAUUGUAUCACUAUCGUUAUCACAAGAGAUUUAUAAUAUGAUAAUAGCUCAUGGCAUUGAGAAUCAAAUGAAAAGCAACAACAACAACAACAGCAGCACCACCACCACCACCAACUAUUUUAGUUCCGUCAUUAAAUUAGAGAUCACCAGUAGAGCUCCCAAACAAGAUUACUCUUUGCAAUCGGAUUCUCUGGCUCUCUUGAUGCCCGCUCUUCAGAGUUUGGUAUUGAAUUUCGAUGUAUUCCAACUCCGCUACCUCGAGAACAUCAAACAAGACUUGCCAAGCUUGAUUUCAUUGAAGAUACACACGUUAUGCUCACAAUUCUCAACGGUUCCAAAGACACACUUCUCAGAGCGACUUCGCAAGAUCAGUCUACCGGUAAUACAAUUAAAGUGCGAUCUACCGGUAGAUCAAUUCACAACGGUAUCACUCAGUCAAGUUAAUUUCUUCUCAUUCAAAAGCAUAUUGUGCCGGUCACUGAGAAAGUUGCGACUCGACUAUCACAGCAACCAAAUCUUGUUCCAACCGGAUUUCACAGAGUAUCUCAAGUCUGAGGAGUGUCAGCUGGAGUAUCUCGGUCUGAACAUACUGGAGUGUCAAGAGUUCUUUGAGAAACACAUGCGAUACAAUCGAUCGGUGCGUACCAUCGAAUUCCUCUUGAAUAUUGCAGAGACUUUUAAUCCGAGUGUCAGUCAUUCGCUGGAAGUGGUAUUGCCAUGUCCCAACAUAACGACAGUGAUAUCCUAUACAAAUCAACAAUUCACUAUUGAAUCGCACAGCAAAGAACUAGAUCAAAUCUACAAAAUGCUUUCACCAUACUCCAAGAGAGUACUAACCGAUUUCAUCUAUUCAGAUCGACUUGAAUAUGUUAAAUCCUAUGGUAAAUACUAUAGAAGAUUAUAUCUAAAUAGAGUAUACAAUAGUAACGAUCAUUCAUUAUAUCAAUACUCAAAAGAAAACAAUAAAUUUAUAAACAUUGUAUGCUAA